ACAACCCACCACAAAACUCCUUUAUUUCAACAUUUUUAGAGAAAACUCAUUGUAAAAUCUCACACCUGUUUGUUUUCCUUGUGAUUUUUAAUUGAAAUGAAGUGCUUUGCACACUCUAAGCCGACAAGUAUUAAAUUAUUUGUGGCGAAAAUGUUCAGAUUACCAAAAGUCAAAAACAAAUCACCGAACCCAGCGAAGGCCGAAGGUGAUAGUAUUUAUCUUUUACACGUGACGACAGAUCCUGUCAGGCUCUUCAAAGUGAUUGAGUCUCAUUUGAAGAUGAUGUUUUGAAGGUGCCUUCUCCUUUUUUAUAUUUAACAACAAAAAAAUCCCUUCUUUGCUCCAUAUGUGUUCUUCCCACCCAUAUUAAGCCGCAUUUCUUGCACUAAAUUUAGCAAAUAUCCUCGUUGAAAAUAUUGACAGCUUGUGCAAACAAAAGAUUAAGUUCGCGUCCUUCCCACACGAAUAAGAGUCGGGAAAGAAAAAUAUUUGGAUCAUUUAUUACGAUGGAGAACAUCGACAAAAAUUCACACAACGCUUCGAAUUCAACAGGGACCUAUGGUCGAAUUUACUCUUACGAAUACAUUGCAGCUUUAAGCGUACUUGCAUUCUUUAUUUUCUUGGUGAAUUCGAUGGUAUUGUACCUUUUUGCGUCCUCAUCGAGAUUACGGACGAAGACGAACACGAUAUUGGUGAGCAUGGCUUGCUCGGAUGUUCUAAAUGGAUUAGUGGUUAUCCCAUUACAAAUUUUGAUCAACGUUCACGUAAAGUAUGAAUGGUUACGUCUAACUUCAAUGGUUCUCUAUCGCUUCAUGGCUGUCUCGACUAUGUUGCACAUUUUAUUCGUCACCCUUGAGCGACAUAUUUGCAUCCUGAAGCCAUUAAGGUAUCAUGCUUUGAUAACGAAACCGCGCAUAAUCAAAGUUCUCUUCGUCAUCUGGCUUAUAUCCUCCUGCAACUCCGUCGUCUCAUUCACAUGGUUGGCGUCCGCAGAUGACUACAAUCAUUUGGAGCAACCACCGAGUUUAAACACCUCGAGAUUGCUGCGAUUUGAAUUCGCAUACGCGUUAGGCACGCUGCUAUUUUUCUUUCUCGCGCCAAUGUUUUUAAUGAUUCACAGUUUUAAAAGAAUCUUAAGAGAGAUAUCCCGUCAUGGUAAACUGGAUAGCCCUGCUUUAGACUUGAUUUGUUCUUCUUCCGGUCAAAACAUUUCAAAAAGCUCCUCCAGAGAUGGGGAAUCUGCGCAAAAACCCUCGAACGCCUUGUUGAGGUCGGAGCGAAAGCCUAUUCUUAUUUUUUUGGCAAUGUUUUUGAUAUUCACCGUGACAUGGGCAUCGUGGUACGUUAUGAUAUUAAUUGUUUGUGUUUCGCCGCAAGAUUAUAAACCUGUCGGUGGACUGUGGCCAUCUUUUGCCCGCUCUUCAACUUCUCUCGUAAAUCCGUUACUCUACUGCUUCGUCAAACAAGAUUUCAGGAACACGGCAAGAAGACUAUGGGGAAAAUCAAUUUUCAAACCAAAGAUAGAAACAAAUACAGUUGAGAAGACCAUUCAGCUGAAAGGAGACCAUUAAGUCGAAACAGCGAAACGCUUGAAAUUUCCUCCCACCUCGAAAAGCAACGAGAAAUUCAUUUCACGGAUUUCAAAUUCAUUUAGGAUUUUUCAAGAAACUUAAAGAUUAAAGGGAAUUUAAAAAUCCUUUCUCUAAGGAUUUUGAUUGCAAUUUUGAAGUGCAUUUAUUGCGCGUAUGGCGAAAUUGACUUCGUGAGACAUUUUGGAACGCAAGCAUAAUGCCGAACAAUUUUAAUUUCGUUGAGUUAAUGCAUGACCAUUUUUCGGCCACCGUACUUAACGUCCACAGAUUUAAGGUGAUCUUUCAACUGAAUGCGGAACAAUAACAUUCAACGGCCUUACACUUCGGUUGCUUUGAAUGCGAUUAAUUAAAGUUGGCGACACACAAACACACUCAAGUUAAAAAAAUGUGUUAUUCUCGGUUAUUUACAAAAGGAAGUCAAUAAGGAAAAUCGAUAUUCACUCGUGCAAUUAGUGGCGCGCCAAUUAAUACAACAAACAUGAUCUUAGGAGAUCUUACAAAUUACCUGUACGUAAUCAAAGCUAACUUAUAUCACAUGUAAAUAGCUACGUUUCUCAGGGUUCAGCGCUAUCAAUAAGAAUAUCAAGUGUUAUUUUUAUCGUAAAAACCUCUAAUGUAUAAUGAUGUACAUGUAUGUUCAAUAAACAACGGGAUUUAAUGGA